AUGGCAUUUGCCACUCUGCCUGACCAGCCCCUACAAUGGCUGCUGGAGAUGGGAGUGACCAUACACUAUCAAAUUUCCCUCACCCAGGAUCAAGUGGCUGUGAGCCUCUGUGGACCGCCGUCCUUCUUGAUCUGUCCUCUUUUUGAAAUUGCCUGUGCUGGCGAGGUUUUGUCCCAGCCUCCAAUAUACCUGCAGUCACCUCUUCGCGCCAAUAAGGACAUGAAAUACGAGAAUCCACAGUGGCUCGGGUUUGCUGGGGACUCAAACAGCUCGACUUUCCAUGUGGGAGAGACCAACUACUUCCGAAAGCUUGUGAAUGCACCUGGGAAAUAUUUGAGUCCCUAG